AACAAAACAUAAAUGUGCAAAGUUAUUCGGUUUUGAUUUUUGGAAGAUUUUCCUGAAAUAAUGUUUGCAAAAUUAUUAAAAUCUAUUCAUUCAGUGUUGAAGUGAUCAGUUUUAAAUGUCAUAAAUAAGAUAAAAUAUGUUCCAAGAAGCAUUCAAGUAUUAUAAGGCGAGAAACCCGCCGCCGAGUUUUGAGAACGUAAUAGAUGUGUGCAAGAGCUCGCCGGCUGGACUAGAUCAGCGAUUGAAGACAAUAGCUUCUGCUAUUACUAAAGACGCCCAUCAUCCUGGCCUUAUACCCGCCCAGGAAUGGAAAAUUUACGAAAUACUUGACCGGCCAGGUCUUAUCCUGAUCGCAAAUCCUUUCACCAAACCUGCUCAACGUUACUGGAUGACACGUUGUCUUCUAGACUAUCCGAAACAUCCGAAUCGAACCAACCUCCCGGAAACUGUUAUCGACCAAUUUGGAGCAUAUUCCGGUACGGAUGAUCCACGUGAACAUUUCGAUUGGUGGUUCAUAGCACACUCGAUCGAAGAUCCUCAACAACGCACCAAGUUGUGGAAAGCCCUCCGGUGGACCACCCUGGGCUACCAUUACGAUUGGACCAAUAAAGUUUACGACGAAGCAGCAAGGAACGACUUUCCUGCGGAUUUGGGAGAACUUUGCAGGCAUUUUGCUGAAACUUUAGGAUUUCACGGCUUCCGACCGGAAGCGGCUAUCGUCAAUUACUAUCCCACGGGAAGCACACUCGCCGGUCACACGGACCACUCGGAGAAAAACCUAGAGGCACCUUUGUUUUCCUUUAGCUUCGGUCAACCGGCGGUUUUCCUGAUUGGCGGUCCCACACGGGACGAGAAACCGGAUGCCCUGUUGCUGCGGAGUGGAGACGUUAUCGUUAUGACCCGGGCCAGUCGGCUGUGCUAUCAUGCGGUGCCGAAAGUUUUCCCUUGCGCGGAAUCUGGCCGGCAACGAUGGGCGGAACCGGAAGCCGAGGAAUCCGAAACGAUGGCGACGACGGCGGAAGAGGCUCCGGUUGCUCCGGCUGCUUACGCUGCCAACGUUUGGAACGAUAGUCAUCGUAACAGGGGCUGGCAGCAGCAGAGCACCAGCAACGGUAACGGCUUCGCUGAUUACAUUAGUAAUAGUCGAAUCAACAUCAAUAUUAGACAAGUUCUAAAUGAGGGGGAAAAUCAUUUGUAAAUGGGUGAGAUGGUGCGAUGCGCCCAUCGGAAGCGCAGUUGAGAUGGUACUUUUUCGAGCUUUUGUACGGUGGCAUUAAAUUUUAAGGUUUCCGCUUGCAGUCGGGAUGAAAGUUCGGCAGUGUAC